AUGUUUUUUACUAAUACCAAAAAAUUUAAAUUUGAAGACAUUCCGGAUUUAACUGGCAAAGUUGCGGUGGUAACUGGUGGCAACACUGGUAUUGGGUAUGUCACAUGUAGAGAGCUAGCGAGGAAAAAUGCUCAUGUAUUUGUUCUAAGUCGUAGUAUCGAAAGAGGUACAGCAGCUGUCAAAAAGAUUAAACAAGAAACAGGAAAUCAAAACGUAGAGUUUUUACAAUUAGAUCUACAAAGUUUAAAAUCUGUUAAAGAAUGCACUGAAUCUUUUUUGGCUCGAAAGUUACCUUUACAUAUCUUGAUCAAUAAUGCUGACCAAUUUGGAACCAAUCAUGUUGGGCAUUUUUAUCUUACAAAAUUACUUUUACCAACAAUUGAAGCAUCAGCUCCAUCAAGAAUAGUUAAUGGUGGAAUAGAAUUUGAUAAAAUAAAUGAUCCAGAUGCUCAAGCACCAAUAGAACGUUAUAGAGUAUCAAAACUUUCAAAUAUUUUAUUUACAGUUGAAUUAAAUAAAAGACUUGAAGGAAAACAAGUUUAUGCCAAUUCUUUACAUCCAGGAGUCAUAAAUACUGAAUUGUCAAGAGGUAUUAUAGAUAAUUGGGGUAUAUGGGUAGUUCCACUUGUUAAACUUUUGAGUUUUGUAUUACUUACACCUGAUGAUGGAGCAUUAACCUCGUUAUAUUGUGCAACAAGUCCCGAGAUUGAAGAGAAGAACUUGCAUGGAAAAUUUUUUGUUCCAUUUGGCGUAGAAUCUCCACCAAACGAUAAUGGCAAAGAUGAAGAACUGGCAAAAAAAUUAUGGAAAUUUACUGAUGAUCUAGUUGUGGUGGCAACUGGUGGCAACAUGGGUGUGACAGCAGCUGUUGAAAAAAUUAAACAAGAAACAGGAAAUCAAAACGUUGAUUUUUUACAAUUAGAUCUACAAAGUUUCAAAUCUGUUAAAGAGUGCGUUGAAUCUUUUUUGGUUCGAAAGUUACCUUUACAUAUCAUGAUAAAUAAUGCUGGUAUAAUGGCAACUAAGUUUUCUUUAACUGUUGAUGGAAUUCAAGACCAAUUUGGAACCAAUCAUGUUGGGCAUUUU